UAAUCGAUUGCAUGACUAUCGAUAAAUAUAAUAAAUUCAACAUUUCCGGUUGCUAAGGAAGAAACUGUUUAUUUCAAAAAGAGCAGACAUUUAAACAGUUUUCUAACAAAUAUCAACAAAAUAAUUAAAUUAAAUAAAAAAACGACAAAUAAUAUUCAAUAAAACAUGGAUGUUGAUAUGGAACAAACGGCCGUUGGUCAAUUUCAAACAUUGGUGCGCUACAAUAAUCCCGUUUUGGUGGUAAAACAUGUGGAUAAGAAAACGGGACCUGCAGAUUUGGAAAUGAAAAGACCACAAACAGCUGGAGCUUUGUUGGAUACGAAAAAAGAAACCGAGGAGAUAUUAAAUUCCAUAUUACCACCCCGUUGCUGGGAGGAGGAGGGACAACUGUGGCAGCAAACUGUGUCCAGCACACCGGCCACCAGGCAAGAUGUAAUAAACUUACAAGAAAUGCUGGAUACCCGUUUGCAGCAGACCCAGGCCAGGGAAACCGGAAUAUGUCCCAUACGGCGAGAGCUAUACUCACAAUGUUUUGAUGAAAUAAUACGUCAGGUAACAAUCAAUUGCUCGGAACGAGGUUUACUUUUACUGCGUAUAAGAGAUGAAAUCGCCAUGUCGAUGGAGGCCUAUGAAACUUUGUACUGCAGCUCGGUGGCAUUUGGUAUGCGUAAAGCUUUACAGGCCCACGAAGAAAAAGAAAUGCUACGGGAACGGGUUAAAACGUUGGAAAGCGACAAGGAAGUAUUGGAAGAUAUGAUUGCAGAUAUGAAAUUGAAAAAUGAACAAGCGGAACGUAGAAAUGCUGAGCUGCGUGCCUCUGAGGAAAAGAAAUACCAAGAAGAGGUGGCAUUCCUUAAGAAAACAAAUACCCAGCUAAAGGCCCAAUUGGAGGGCAUAACUGCACCAAAGAAAUAGACAACUACGAACACACUUUUAUCUUUGAUAAAAAAUAUAUUUUUUUAUUCUGUAUU